GGUACAUUGGUGGGAUGUUAGAGGAGCUAACAGCGCAGUUAGGGAAGACAUGAAGGACAGAGGACACAGAGGGAAGUGGAGCCAAGAAAGAAGAACUUCUGCCCUUAUUUUGGAAUCAAAAGCAAAAACUUUGGGAACCCCUGCUCUUUUUAUAAAAUGGCGGCUUUUAUUCAGUUUGUUUAUUUUGAAUCCUUAUUACUGGAAACACAUGAAGUUGGGGGGUCCCUGCUGCUGGACCACAUGACUAGCUUUAUCCCUUUGCAGGACAGACUCCAGACUCCUCCCCUCUUCACGUCACCCCCGAUCCUGAUCUCUCCCAAAGCCUGAGCGGCAGGCAGCAACACUGUGGUGGCAGAUCUGCGCAAAGCGGGGACGCUGCGUCUCAUCCAAAACACGAGCAGAAACCAGCCGGAGCGAAGCGCGCGUGUUUGUUUGUGUGUGUGCGCGUGGAGAGGGGAGGAUUUCUCGAGUCACAGCAACUUCAGACCGGCCUGGGCGGGGAGUGCUGAGUUUCUCCCACCGGCGGAGGCUGCAGGCGAGGAGAGAGAGGACAGACGGAACGGCAGUGUCCGCUCCGUGCCGGAAGUCUUUAAUAGAAGCCGCCGCGGUGCGUCGGAGCAACUCUUGUCCGGCUUGUUGGAAACUUCCCAGCGCAGCAUCGAUCGAGGACCUCCCGCCCACUUCACCUCCACAACACUGGAAGGCGGAGAGAAGAAGGAGAGACUUGAGCAGCGGCUGCGGUGGAUGGAGGAGAAACAGCAACACUUCUGUCUCUCGCCGCCUGCGUCUGUUUGCUAAAAACAAAUCAUCUCUCUGCAACUUUGCAGCCAUUUGGAUCUCGUUCAAGAGGGGACACCCCCAGCCUAGUUUUUUCCCCCCCUUCAUAUUGCAAACUCUCCAGUCAUCCAGCCGACAGAAGAGGAGAACCGCUACAGACGUGAAAUUGAUGCUUUGGCAAGGGGGGAGGCGCGCCGCCGAGCCUGUAGUUUUGUGAAGUCUCCUGCGGCUCGUGGCGGGGGAGCUUGCGCCCGAGUGGGAUUUGCAGAACUUGCAUGCGUGGUCUUUGUCGUUCCGAGUGAGCCUGACCCCCCUCCACACUCCCCCCCUUCCCCCCUUUUAUAAUCCAUCCGCUCUCAGGUUCUCAAGGACCGGAUAGUUAAAGGUGCCAUGGCGCUGCUGUGCGCGAGGAUAUGCGCGCUCCUGUUGGCACUGCACAUCCAAGCUGGCCAUGGACAGAUGGUAGAGAUGGACUCCAGUAAGUCUGGCUUCGUGGGGACGCAGGUGGAACUGCGCUGCACUUUCCGCAACAGCAACCCGCCGGUCAAGAUUUCUCAGGUUACCUGGCAGAAGCUGCUCAACGGCACCAAGCAGAACGUCGCCAUCGCCAACCCGGCCCUCGGCGUGUCCGUCCUGUCGCCCUUCAAGGAGCGGGUCAGCUUCAAGCAGGCGGCGGUCCGCCACCGUACGCCCUCGCUGGAGGACACCACCAUCGUGUUCUCGAACUUGCAGCUUUCUGACGAAGCGGCCUACAUCUGCGAGUAUACCACGUUUCCUGCCGGCAACCGGGAGAACAUGGUCAACCUGACUGUAUAUGCUCGACCGAUGACGCGGAUGACGCUCACCUCCCCCACCAUCGUGGCGAGGGGGCAACGGAGCAAGACGACGGUCGCGACGUGCGUGUCGGCCAACGGGAAGCCCCAGAGCGUGAUCAAAUGGGACACGAGGUUGAAAGGCGAAGCCACUUUCCAGGAGACCCGCAACCCGAACGGGACGGUGACAAUACGGAGCCACUUUAUGAUCGUACCGAGCCGGGAGACCCACAAGCAGAAGCUGACGUGUAUCGUGACGUACCGGAACGACAGGAUCUCAGACAGCGUGGUCCUCAACGUCCAGUACGAACCCAGCGUGAAGAUCGAAGGGUUUGACGGGAACUGGUACCUGAACCGCCAGGACGUGAAGCUGACCUGCAAAGCUGACGCUAACCCCCCUGUCACGAUCUACCAGUGGAAACUCGUGAACGGCUCCCUGCCCAGCAGCGCGGAGAUCAAGAACAACACCCUGUCCUUCAAGGGGCCCGUGACCUACGACCUGGCGGGAACCUACAUCUGCGACGCCACCAACGGCAUCGGGACUCGCACCGGCAUCGUCGACGUCAACAUCACGGAGAAACCAAUGGCGCAGGGUCCCCCAGGUGGUGUUAUCGGGAUCCUUGGAGGGGUUGUUGCCAUUGGACUCAUCAUCGGUGUGGCUGUUACUGUUUUCAUGGUCCAUCGGCGGCAGCAGAAGACUCGCACCGAGACAGAUAAUGACCUCAUUGCUGUUGCUGCUGUUGCUGAUAGUUGUGUGACACAGGCUCCAGAGAAGCCCGAGUCCCCCACAAGGACCGACCUCCCGCCCGCUCACAAGCCUGCCCCGCCGCCACCGAAAAAGAAGAACAGCGACAUGAAGGGUCACAUGACAUCCGACGACAUCCAGGUGGUUCAUCUCGACAAGGAGGAGGAGAUGCAGAAGCUUCCUCUUCAGCCUCCCUAUUAUGACAUGGCCCCCUCCGAGUCGACCCCUUUCACCGAUAAGCCGGAAUCUGGGAGGCAUCCAGAAGAGCUGCUGAACCCAGCUGAGUACAUGAGCUACCAACGCACCUGCAACGUGGAACCCGUCCCCGAGUCCCAGCCCGCCC